UCCAAUUUGUUCCUAUUCGAACUUAUACACGUUGCACCUGUUAUCGCCGGAUGUUUUCUUAACGUGAACUUUUACUGAGAGGAGGAAGAAAAUGUCUGGUUGUGUUUAUGUCUUCUAACUGCUCGUCCGUGUCGGCUCACACAUUUAAAAAGCGGUCGGUGCGUGGCGCUGUCACGGCGACCCACGUCUUGCUUUUUAGCCUGAAGCUAGCGCUAGCACGUUAGCAUAGCUAGCUGCAGGUAUGCUAGCAUGCUACGUGUACACACCGGGCAGCAGCUUCCUGGAAAACUGCAUUUUUAAUCUGCUCACUUUUUGCUGAAUCUUUGGCCAAGUCCAUGGACUUAUUUAGUCUAUUGAUGCCACAAUGGUAAAAAAUUGAAAAAAAAAAAUAAAAAAAUAAAAAAAUCAAAGCACAGCCACUGUUAGAUGAAUGACUUUUUAAAACAUGAUGUUCUCGUCGAGAAGAAAGCCUGUGCUCUACUUCAAGGAGGAGAGAAGAAAUGAGUCAUCACAAAAAGUUGUUCAUCACGAAGUGAAGGCUGACAGGUGUCUUCCAAGGAGAUGUUCAGUGUGGAAGCUCUUUGCACUCUGCCUCGUGCUGCUGUCCGCCCCGCUGCUCUGGCUGCAGCUCAGCUGCUCCGGCGACGGCCCGGCCGCCUCCCCGCACCACGGCAGGGACGCCCCCCAGCAGCCAUGCCGGCCUGAGAGUAAGGCGGAGUCGGCGUGGGGGGACGAGACGUCGUGGGGCCCGCACGCGCUGGCCGUGGUGGUCCCCUUCAGGGAGCGCUUCGAGGAACUGAUGGUCUUCGUCCCCUUCAUGCACACUUUCCUCAGCCAGAAGAAGAUCCGCCACAAGAUCCUCAUCGUCAACCAGGCGGACCACUACAGGUUCAACCGGGCAUCUCUUAUCAACGUGGGCUACUUGGAGAGCGGCAACGACACCGACUACCUGGCCAUGCACGACGUGGACCUGCUGCCGCUAAACGAAGCGCUGGACUACUCGUUCCCCGCCGAAGGACCUUUCCAUGUGGCGUCGCCUGAGCUCCACCCCAUCUAUCACUACAAGACCUACGUGGGCGGCAUCCUGCUCCUCACCAAGGCACACUACCAAAUGUGUAACGGUAUGUCCAACCGCUUCUGGGGGUGGGGCCGCGAGGACGACGAGUUCUACAGACGCCUCAAAAAAGCCAACUUACAGCUGUUCCGGCCCAGCGGUAUCACGACGGGAUCCGAGACCUUCCUGCACCUGCAUGACCCCGGCUGGCGCAAGAGGGACCAGAAGCGCGUGGCCAGCCAAAAGCAGGAGCAGUUCAAGGUGGACCCGGAGGGCGGGCUCAGCAACCUGCGCUACCAAGUGGAGUCACGACAGCAGCUGACCAUAGGGGGCGCUCCAUGCACGGUCAUCAACGUCAAGCUGGAGUGUGACCUGGAGCAGACGCCGUGGUGCAUGUUCGCCUAGAGCGCGGCGGGCUUUUAUUGUGAAAAGGUUCCGGAAGAGGAAGCGGAGCAACAUGUGCCUGCUGUGAAUGAACUGGCAUGUAGCUUGGUUUCCUUACACUGCAGUCCUGCUGGUACUCUUAUUUAAUGUCACGUUUAAGCGGGGUUUUUUAUUUUAAACCAAGCCAACCGUGUUGAUGUGUAGCGAGGCUAGCGGCUUUACCGGAAGUAGCGUUUUUCAUGAAUGUGGACGUGAACAAGCAAAGUGCAAAUGUUGUUUUUACUGUGAGAACCACACAGCUGUCAAGAGUUUUGUCAGCAAUAAAACAAGAUUGUCUACUUUUA